UCACUCAUCGAUCGUCUAAAACUAUCCGAUCACAAGGGGCAUGCCAAUUGGUGUUGCCGUAGCAGUCCACUUGAUCGAAAGGGAACUGAUCAAGAGGAAAUUGAAAGGAGAUCGAGGAUCAAAUGGAAGGGGAGUUGAAGGAGGUGAGAGAAGCGUAUGAGAGCGGGAAGACGAGGAGCUUAUCUUGGAGGCUGUCGCAGCUCAAAGCGCUGCUCAGGCUCCUCUACGACAAAGAAGAUGACAUAUUUAAGGCCCUGGAGCAAGACCUCGGCAAACACCGGGCGGAAGCCUACAGAGACGAGGUGGGUCUUCUGAUCAAGUCCGUCAAUUACGCAAUAGGCAAUCUGCGGAAAUGGAUGACUCCAAACAAGGUUUCGGUGCCUCUGGUGGCGUUUCCAUCGCGCGCAGAUAUCGUGCCGGAGCCGCUCGGCGUUGUUCUCAUUUUCUCUUCUUGGAAUUUCCCAAUAGGUCUAUCGUUGGAACCAUUGAUUGGAGCAAUAUCAGCUGGAAACGCCAUCAUUAUUAAACCUUCGGAAUUAGCUCCCGAGUCUGCAGAAUUUUUAGCACGCAGCGUGUCCAAGUAUCUGGACGACAAACUGGUGAAGGUGAUCACGGGUGGUCCAGAUGCUGGCCAGAAACUAUUGGAUCACAAAUGGGACAAGAUAUUUUUCACAGGGAGUCCUCGUGUUGGUCGCAUCGUAAUGGCAGCUGCUGCCAAGCAUUUAACACCGGUUAGUCUUGAGCUGGGGGGCAAAUGCCCAGCCAUCAUUGAUUCACUUACCAACGCAAGAGAUAGAAAGAUCGCUGUUCGACGGAUAAUUGGAGGAAAAUGGGUCGCUUGCUCUGGACAAGCAUGCAUAGGUGUUGACUAUAUUCUUGUCGAAGAGAAAUUUGCACCAAUUUUGAUUGAUAUGCUGAAAGCAACAAUUGAGAAAUUCUACCCAGCAUUUGAUACCUUAUCCAAAAUCAUCAAUAAGCACCAUUUUCAGAGAUUAGCGAGUCUUAUCAAAGAUCCAUCGGUCGCAGAUACGAUUGUCCAUGGUGGUUCCAUGGACUCAGACAAACUGUUUAUCGAGCCAACAAUACUGUUGGAUCCCCCAUUAGAUGCUGAGAUUAUGACUGAAGAAAUAUUUGGCCCGUUGCUUCCAGUCAUCACCGUAAAGAAGAUCGAGGAUAGUAUUGAUUUCAUAAGAACCAGGCCUAAACCUUUGGCCAUAUACGCGUUCACUCAAGAUGAAAAGUUGAAAAACCGACUUGUUUCUGAGACUUCAUCAGGGAGCCUUACCUUCAACGACACUAUGUUACAGUACGGUCUGCUUUUGCUGCUGUGUGCUGUGCCAGUUUGCUAUUGACACCUUACCAUUUGGAGGAGUUGGAGCAAGUGGAUUUGGACAGUAUCAUGGCAAGUUCUCUUUCGACAUGUUCAGCCACAAGAAAUCAGUGAUGAGGAGGAGCUUCCUGUUGGAGUAUUCUUUCAGAUACCCGCCAUGGGAUGGCUGGAAACUUCCCUUCAUGCGCUCUGUUUUCCACUUCGACUAUGUCUCUCUUCUUCUCCGUUUGUUGGGUCUGAAGCGAUGAUCGUCUCCAGGAUUGACGAGCUUAAAUAAUGCUACUCUGAAAUCUGCAAAAAGAAGAUGUGAUUUUAAUUUUCCCGUCGUUGUGAUGUGUUUGUUCUUCAAGACAAUUUGUUCUUAUGCCCUCUUGUGUGUUUUUCUUCACCUUGGAGAGUUCAGACUAGGGUUUUGAAAAACAUAAAUGUUGAAGGAAAUGAAAAACAAACUAGGGUUUUGAAGA